CCACUGCCUACGGCCGCCUCCACACGCUCCCCCACUCACCAAAACCCUAGCCGCCGCCGUUCAGGUAAGGAAGGAGGAGCGUCCUUCCCCGCCGCCGCCAUGAAGCGCAACCCCCGCGUCACGAGCUCCCGCCGGAAGUGCCGCAAGGCGCACUUCACGGCCCCCUCCUCCGUCCGCCGCGUGCUUAUGUCCGCGGCGCUGUCGACGGAGCUCCGCCACAAGUACAACGUGCGCUCCGUCCCGAUCCGCAAGGACGACGAGGUUCAGGUGGUGCGCGGCACCUACAAGGGCCGCGAGGGCAAGGUGGUGCAGGUCUACCGCCGCCGCUGGGUCAUCCACAUCGAGAGGAUCACCCGCGAGAAGGUGAACGGCUCCACCGUCAACGUCGGCAUCCACCCGUCCAAGGUCAUCGUCACCAAGCUCAAGCUCGACAAGGACCGCAAGGCCCUCCUCGACCGCAAGGCCCGCGGUCGCGCGGCCGACAAGGCCAAGGGCAAGUUCACGGCCGACGACGUCGCCGCCGCCGCCGGUGGUGCCGCCGCCACCGGCGCCUCGCUCCAGGAGAUCGAUUAGGCGCAGGGAUCUGCUGGUGGUCUUAUCGCUUUUGCUCCUUAUCGCUCUAGUUUCUGCUAUCAAUGCUUCUGCUAGGAGUUUAUGUUACUUGAAAACUGCCGCUUUAUCAUUAAAUGUCUCGAUGAGAGUUUUGGAACCUAAUAUGGAUCUAUGUGUGUCUGAGAUUUGAGAUAUGAUGAAGAACCCAUUAUAUGUUUAA